AUGGUUGAACUGGCCCAGUAUCUUAAGGAUCACGAGGGAGAGGGCGACAAACCAAAUGAACCGAAGGAGAUCAAAUGCUCCAGCACUGACUAUAGCAAAGCAGUCAACGUGGACAUUUCGUUCAUGCAACAGAUUGCGGAUAAGUUCUGCGGUGGGGAUAUGAGCAAAAAGCUCAGUCAAGACUUGACAAAUAAGGAUGUCUCAAGCUCUGCUUAUGACAAUUAUAAGUUCCACCUCGAGUUCGAUCCAGGGAAGAGCUGCAAGACCGACUGCAAAGCAACUUUCAAAUCCAUGAUUGCCAAAUGCGAGGGUUAUGACAGCCAUUCUAUUCAACUAGAAGGCAGUGCCACGUUCGACUGUGACGCCAGCUAUAGCUACAAGAUCACUGUUCCCGACCAGCCAAAGCCAAAGCCUGACCCUGGAUUUGAGCAGCAUGGCUUGCAAGCAAGACAAUGCCAUACUGCGGAUCAGUUCGGAGGCCAUGGAGAUGUUCGUGGAUCAGAUAUUAGCAUGGCCGCCACAGGCUGUGCUGGUAUCUCCGACGACAAAGCCAUGCUGAAGGAAGGAUCUGCACCUGUUCAGUUGCAAUCAACAUAUGGAGGCACCAAGCUGCAGUUUACCAUGUCUUGGAUUGACAACUGCGAAGGACCUGAGCAAGAUGCCCGUUUCCCCUUCGGAGAACCGCACAACCUUGGCAACACGUGCUGGCAGCUCCUGUUAGAUGAUUGGCAGCAGUGUGAGUGA